AUGAUUCGACUCUCUCUGUGUUAUUGUACAGUAUCGCGUACCAAGUUCCGUAGUGGUUAUCGUCGAGUCGAAGGGUAUUACCAGUUUUAUCUAGAAGACAUUAAGGACUUAAGGGUGAUUCGUGUGCCAGUGCCAAAAUCUACCACCAACACUAACAAGGAUGAUCAGAAGACUAAUCCCGCUGGUGCAUCAUCCUCUGCUUCGACUUCAAAGUGA